CCUCCUGAGCAGCAGUCUCAGCAGCAACAGGCUGGCCAGGGCAGAAAGUCAGUACAGAUAUUAUUAUUAAUUACUCGCCUGUUUUGUCGUGUUUUAUGCGUGUUCUUGUAGAGAACGCGGUUGCGGGCGGUUGUCGGCUGUUCGGUUAGAAAGGGGUGUGCAGGAAAAAGCUGGGGUCAUAUUCAGUCCAGCCGCAUGGGACCCUCAGUCCUGCUUAUUGAGGUGAAAUUGUUUUUUCUCACUGGAGAUUUCGGACAGUCUGGAGCUUAUUGUAGCUGCUGAACAGAAGCGGUGGACAUGCUGGGCUCGUUACUGACGGCGUUUCUUGGCUUCGCCUCACUAGCUUUCCUUCACCUGCUGCUCAGGAGAAGGAGGAGAGAGGGAGAGCCUCCGUUGAUAAAAGGCUGGAUUCCAUUUCUGGGAAAAGCUCUGGAGUUCAGGAAAGACUCCUAUCAAUUUCUUCAGCGGCUACAAGAAAAGCAUGGCGAUGUCUUUACUGUACUAAUUGCAGGUAAAUACAUGACGUUUGUGAUGAACCCUCUCCUGUACCCGGCCGUGAUUAAACAAGGAAAACAGCUGGACUUCCAUGAGUUUUCAGAUGCAGCAGCAUCUACCACAUUCGGCUAUCCAGCUGUCCGCUCUGGAAGGUUCCCCGGCAUGAGUGAAAGAAUCCAGAAGCUAUUCCUGCUCCUGCAGGGUCCUGCACUCAAUUCGCUUACACACAGGAUGAUGGGAAACUUACAGCGCGUCGUACGACAGCACUUCCUCUCCUGGGGGGGAGGGCCAGAGUGUGACUGGCGGAGGGAUGGGCUGUAUGAGUUCUGUGAGCGUGUGAUGUUUGAGGCAACAUUUCUGACUCUAUAUGGACAUCCUUCACGUGCGAACACAGAAACGAAGAAAACGUCAGAAGAAAUUUGUUGGAUUGACACACUACGUGAAAAUUUUAAGAAGUUUGAUGCCAAGUUUCCUCUCCUGAUCGCUCACGUACCCAUCGGCUUACUGGGAAAAACUAAAUCUAUUCGUGAGGAGCUGAUCAGGUUUUUUCAUCCCUGCAGAAUGGCGGAAUGGAGCAGUCCAUCAGAGUUCGUACAGAUGCGAACUGAACUGUUCCACCAAUACGACACACUCAAAGACCUGGACAGAGCAGCUCAUCACUUUGCCAUGCUCUGGGCAUCGGUGGGGAACACUAUCCCAGCAUGCUUCUGGUGUGUGUACCACCUCCUUUCUGACCCACAAGCCCUUGUAGCUGUGAAAAAGGAGAUUGUUGAUGUGGUCGGAGAACAAGAAACCUCUAUAUGUAAUGAUGAUGUCACCCUGACCAGAGAACAGCUUGACAGAAUGAUUUACCUCGAAAGUGCUAUUAAUGAGAGUCUUCGCUUGUCCUCGGCUUCUAUGAAUAUUCGAGUGGUUCAGGAGGACUUUUGUCUGCAGCUUGAGCCUCAGUGCUCUGUGUGUGUGCGCAAAGGAGAUAUUGUAGUUCUGCACCCCCAGAGCACACACCUGGACCCUGAUAUCUACUCAAACCCACAGCAGUACCAGUUUGACCGGUUUGUGAAAGACGGGAAGGAGAAGACCGAGUUCUAUAAAGGAGAUCAGAAGAUCCGGUAUUAUCGCAUGCCAUUUGGAUCAGGGGCCACAAUGUGUCCCGGGCGAUUCUUUGCCAUUAAUGAAAUGAAACAGUUUGUGUGUAUUAUCCUACUGAUGUGUGACCUGGAGCUGGCUGGGGAUCAGCAGGAAGCAACACUGGACACCAGCCGAGCAGGACUGGGCAUCCUUCCACCUGCCAACCACAUCGCCUUCAGAUACAGACUCAAACAACACAGCACUGAGCAAGAAGCAGAGGCACUACUGAACUGACUGAUUCAGAACUUUGAGAGUAAGAAUGUGAGUGUAGUUUGAUGACAGCAGAGGGUACCAGUGAUUAGCCCUGGCCCUGUUUAAAUUCCUCUCUCAGAUACUCUUAUAACCUGCAUGAAAACCAGUAUAAAACAAGAACAAGAACACAACAUAAAUUAUAGAAAAUGGGUCAAAUGGACAUAUAAAUUAGAAUAUCAUUGUUAUCAAGUUAUUUUAUUUCAGUAAUUCAGUUGAAAAUGUGAAACUGAUAUAUUAUAUAGGUGUAUUACACACAGAGUGAUCUAUUUUAAGCGUUUAUUAGAUUUAUUAUUGAUGAUUAUGGCGUACAGCCAAGGAAAACCAAAAAUCACUGUCUCAGAUAAUUAUAAUAUUAUAUAAGAUCAAACAUUUGGCAGUGUGCCAAGUCCUGCUGGAAAAUGAAAUCCACAUCAUCAUAAAAGUUGUCUGUAGCAGAGGGAAGCACAAAGUGCUGUAAGAUUUUCUGGGAAAACACUGCACUGCAUUAGACUUGAUAAAACACAGUGGAUCAACACCAGCAGAUGAUAUGUCUCUCCAAACCAUCACUGAUUGUGGAAAUUUCACACUAGACCUCAAACAGCUUGAACUGUGUCUCUCCACUCUUCCUCCAGACUCUGCUCCCUUGAUUUCCAAAUAAAAUGCAAAAUUUACUGAUGAUCAGUGAUGGUUUGUAGAGACAUGUCAUCUGCUGGUGUUGAUCCACUGUGUUCUAUCAGGUACAAAGUCAGUGCAGUGUUUUCCCACAAAAUAUUACAGCACUUCAUGCUUGCUUUUAUGGAGAUGUGGAUUUAAUUUUUUCAGCAGGACUUGGCACACUGCCAAAAGUACCAAUUGGUCUUAUAUAAUAUUCUGAGACACUGAUAUUUGAGUUUAUAUUGGCUGUAAGCCAUAAUCAUCACCAAUAAAAGAAAUAAACAGCUAAAAUAUAUCACUCUGUGUGUAAUUUGUUUUGAGAUGCACUUGUACAUAUGCUCAUAUUGCGCUCUAGACACCCCUGAUGCUUAUGUUUAGGCUUUAUAAAUAUUAUUAUGUCCACCUAUACAACAUUUGUUUGAUAAUACAGUUAUGAACCCCCACACCGAAUGCCUUACCCCUGUCUAACUCACUGAAAACCAUCCUUAUGCACUGAAAAACCAGGAUAUAUAUUUUAUGCACUGAAAAAAUCUUCUCUUAAUGCACAUAUCUUUGGAAAGAUAAAACACUGUAAAAAUAAACCUGACUGCAUUUAAUAUUGCAUGGGAACCGUGCAAUAUCAAAACUUUGAUCCGCCAGCUUUUUAUAAGGUCCACCACUAUCUAAGACUGUUAACCAGACUUAUAAUGCAACCCUCCUGCUCGCCCAACACACAAUUGGUUAGAUAGCAACAUAGUCACUACACAUGAUCUUAUAGAGAAUUAUUGAAAUUAUUAUUAUUAAAAUCCUCACAGUUA